AACGGUGAUGCAAUUCCUAAACGAAGGACCGAUAAUAACGGUUCAUUCAACUCAGACGUAGUACUACGUAAAUAAAAUACUCCGUAUCAGUGAAUUGAGAAAUCUGGCUCCACCGGAGUUGGAUGCUACCAGAAUACCUCCGUCAGAGCGUGUCUGUUACGAAGCCAUCUCGAACUCUGGUCCUGGGAAAAAUAAAACUUUCUGCUGCGCGAUCAGAAUACCCCCAAACGUGGGAAUGAGGAGGAACCGAUACAUUUGAAGCAUGAGACUUCGGAAGACACCGAGGAAACCAUCUCCAAGCUCAUUUUCAAUUUUGAAGUUAAGAGAGCAUAUGCGGGUACACAACAACCAGACUCCUCUGAAAUGCACAAUGAGGACCCUUCACAAUCUAUGGAAGCAGAUUUGUCGAACGAUGAAUUCGACACUCCUUCAAGAAAUAUUCCAUCAGGACAAGAACUAUUGGAUCACUUGGUUGAGAUCAAAAUUGCUUCCAUUCCAAAGAGGAGGAGCACUCGUCGUCGAUCCAAGGCGGCAUAUGUUCCACAUUAUUUGUUGGGUUCCCUAGCGUAUUAUAUUUUCAUUUCGGCGCCUUUUCUUUUCUUGUUUUGUUCCUUUUCCUUCUCUUUUUCCGUUUUAUUUUCAUCUUUUCCUUGCAUUGUACUUUUUUCUAUUAUCAACAAAAUUACGUCUUUCCGAAAAAAACUAAUCACCACUAUGGAAUACGGACGAAAAAUCAACAUCUAUUGGAGUACUAAUUUGUGUUCAUAUUUUGGUUUAUGUGCUUAUUGUUGUAAUAGUUAUUAAUUAUUAAUAGGGCUAAUUAUAU